AUGAUUAAUGGUAAAAAAAAUUCUCCUCUUCUUUUUUAAUUUGAUUUUCGCCAACUUGCAACUCUAUUGACAAGAGUUUUUUUAAGUUCUUAUAGUGCUAAUAAAAUCAAUAUAAAAAAUGAUAAAUAAGAACUUAAUUUCUUACAUAUUCCAGCAUAACAAUUUUUAAAUAUAAUCUCUUUAAAGUUUAUUAUUUAAAUGGGAAUUAUUUGUUCAAAUCAAUAAAUUGCAUAAAAGGAAAACGAAGAAGACAUUAGGGAAAGCAUUUUAUCAAAUACUAAAAAACCAGAAAAGCAAGAAAUUUUAAUUACCAAUAAUAUAUACUUUAGUAGUGCUCAAGAACAUGAAUUGCUGUUUUUCAAUACAUAUAAACAAAGAUGGUAGAAGUCAAAAUGCUAAAUAGAAAUUACUAAUGAGAAUGAAAUUAUAUACAUUUAAGAUGGCUAGAUAACUAAACUGUAAAUUAUUUAACAAACUCUAAAUAGGAUUAAAAACUUUUUUAUUUCACAUAUAGAUAUCUUCAAUAAUUUAGAAUAAUUAAAAAAUCUUGAUUGGAUUGGGAAAUAUGGAGAAAAUCACAAGAAAGUUGCAAAAUGGGAUGCUAAAUGGAACAAAUAAAUUCUCUAGGAAGUUGGAGGAUAUUACUCAGAAAGUGGUUUAAAGAUAGGAUAAUGGAAAGAUUUAAUGAAAAAUUAUUGUAGGUAAAUGAUAACUAAAAAGCAGGAUUUAGUUAGGUUAUUGUAAUUUAAGAAGGAGAAUAUUUUGAUGAUUAAAAAAUAGGGAGAUGGAAAUACAUUUAUAAAAAUAAAAUGAUGUAUAAUUUUUAAGAUAAUUGUUUAGUGGGGGUGGAUUUUAUAAUAAGUAUGGUUGUAAAAAUGGCAAAUGGAUAGAUUUAAAUGAUGAAUUUUGGGAGUAUUAUUAUAUUUCUUAAUUAAUUAAUUAGUGAGAGUUAAAUAAUAUAUAUUGGGGAAUAUAAUAAUUAGGGCAUUAAGAUAGGUCCAUGGGAUAUAUAUUAUUGUUUGACAAAUAAUGAACAAUAUCAAUAAAUGUAAAAAUUAUAAAUAAAAAUAUUAUAGUGGUGGUGGAUUAUAUCAUAGUUCUUAAGAAAUAAAGAUUGGUAAAUGGGUAGAGUUAUGGGAAGGCUUUAGGGAUAGAGCCGUAAUAACUUUUAAUGGAUAAUAUAAUCUAAUUGGUUUAAAGAUAGGCAAAUGGGAUAUUUUGUUUUAUAGACUUUAGAAAUAAAAAUGGGGUGAAAAAAUGUAAAUAUUAUUAGUAUAUUUAUGUUAGAGGUGGUGGAACAUAUGAUAGUAUAUUGGGAAAUAAGAUUGGAAGUUGGGUAGAAUUGUGGAAAGGUUUUAUAAAUGAAGCUACAGUCUUGUAUAAGGGUGAUUAUGAUAGAAGUGGUAUAAAGGUAGGUAGAUGGGAUAUUAUGUAUGCAAAAUAUGAUUACUAAUAAUCUACAUAAAUGUAAAUAUUAUAUUUAGUAAUUCUAGUGGAGGCGGGUCAUAUGAUAGUACUUUUGGAUUCAAGAUUGGAAAUUGGGUAGAAUUGUGGGAAGGCUUUAGUGAUAAAGCAUCAAUUAUUUACCAGGGGGAAUAUAAUUUGAAUGGUAUGAAAGUAGGUAGAUGGGAUAUAAUUUUAAUGCUUGAUAGGAGUUGGGAUAUGAUUUUUGGUUUUGAUGAAAAGGGACGUUAUAAAUAAAUGUAAACUUAAAAUAACUAGUCAAGCAGAGGUGGUGGAUCAUAUGAUAGUACAUCCGGAUUCAAGAUUGGAAUUUGGGUAGAAUUGUGGGAAGGCUUUACUGAUAAAGCAUCAAUUAUUUACCAGGGGGAAUAUAAUUUGAACGGCAUGAAAGUAGGUAGAUGGGAUAUUAAAAGAUUGAAUAGAAAAAAAAUGUAAAAUUCAUAAACAAAAAUAUAUUAGUGGGGGUGGAUCAUAUGAUAGUACAUUAGGAGUUAAAAUUGGAAGCUGGGUAGAGUUUUCAGAAGGUUUUGGGGAUGGAGUUUCAAUCAUUUAUAAAGGUGAUUAUAAUAUGAAUGGUACGAAGAUAGGUCAAUGGAGCAUAUGGUUCGAUAAAUAUAAGGAGGAAUAAUAUAAAUAUAUGUAUAUACAAUCAACAUAUAUUUUUAGUGGUGGCGGAUCAUAUGAUUCUUUUGGAAUUAAGUUUGGUGUAUGGGUAGAAUUAAUUGAAGGAUUUGAAAGUGAAAAAUAACUCAUUUAAAAUGGAGAAUAUAAUAUGAAGGGUAUGAAGGUUGGAAGAUGGGAUAUAUCAUGGUUAAAAGGAUAACUAAUGUAAAAAAUAUAAGUAUCAUUAUGUUAGUGGAGGUGGAAAUUAUGAUAAUUUGUCAGGAUAUAAAAUAGGGAAGUGGAUUGAAGUAGGAGAAGUUUGGUAUAUGACUUAAAAUGGGGAAUAUAAUAUGAAUGGUAGGAAAGUUGGUAUAUGGGAAGAAAUGAACAUUAGAAAUAUAUUGCAUCAAAAAGUGAAACAAAUUAAAUAUGAUAAUUGA